GCCAAGUCUCGCGGGUACUCCGUCUUUGCUGUCCAACAUGGCGGCCAGUGUGCCGGCUCCGCUACUGCCCUCAGCACCUACCGGAAGUACGGGCCCUCGGCGGCAUGUCAGGCCGAUGGAGAAGGGGGAGGCUGGGCGAACCAAGUCUACCUGAUAACAGACUCUCCCAUCACUUUGCCAGCGGGAUUUGUUCCCAAGCCGUACUUCAGCAUUGGCUGUUGGAAGGACACCAGAAAUAAUCCCGCCAUUCCUACUCUGGAGGGGAAAGACGCUCGUUUAGACGGAAGGUAUUACACACGCGCCGACGCCAUCGACAAGUGCUACCAGGUGGCCAAGUCACGGGGCUUCAAAGCCUUUGCGGUCCGAAAUGGCGGCUGGUGUGCCGGAUCGGCUACAGCCCACAAGACCUACAACAAGUACGGACCCUACACAACCUGCCGGCAAGACGGGGAAGGGGGACCCUUGGGAAAUGAGGUUUAUCUCAUCUCAGAUGCUUUAACGUCAAGCAAAGAAGGCGAGAAAGGAGGUGGAGAAGUUGCAAAGGUCCAAGGUCCGAAGUACUUCAGCCUGGGUUGCUGGAAAGACACCGGCAAUCGAGCCAUCGCGACGCUAGAGGGCACAGACGCACGGCUGGACGGGUCUUACACCGCCCGUAAAAACGCCAUCGAGAAGUGCUACCAGGUGGCCAAGUCCCGCCGGUUCUCCGUCUUUGCUGUCCAAAAUGGCGGCUGGUGUGCCGGCUCCGCUACUGCCCUCAGCACCUACCGGAAGUACGGACCCUACACAACCUGCAAAAAAGACGGAGAAGGAGGAGCCUGGGGAAAUGAGGUUUAUCUGAUAUCAGACAUGUUUAUGGCAAAGAAAGAAGGUGGAGAAGUUGCAAAGGUCCAAACUCCGAAGUACAUCAGCCUGGGUUGCUGGAAAGACACCGGCAAUCGUGCCAUCGCCACGCUGGAGGGCACAGACGCACGGCUGGACGGGAGUUACCCCGCCCGUGCUGACGCCAUCGAGAAGUGCUACCAGGUGGCCAAGUCUCGCGGGUUCUCCGUUUUCGCUGUCCAAAAUGGCGGCGAAUGUUUCGGCUCGGCUACUGCUCUCGGCACCUACAAGAAGUACGGACCUUCGUCAUCAUGUAAGACCGAUGGAGAAGGAGGAGCCUGGGGAAACGAAGUCUACCUGAUAAAAACAGGCGCACCCAUGGAUUUGCCUAAGGGAUAUGUUCCCAAGCCGUACAUCAGUCUUGGCUGUUGGAGAGACUCGGGAAGUCGCGCCAUUCCUACUCUGGAGGGGAAAGACAAACUUUUAGACGGCAGCUACACCACACGUGCCGGCGCCAUCGACAAGUGCUACCAGGUGGCCAAGUCACGUGGCUAUCGUAUCUUUGCGGUCCAAAAUGGCGGCUGGUGUGCCGGAUCUGCCGACGCCUACAGAACCUACAAGAAGUACGGACCCUACACAACUUGUGGGAAGGACGGAGAAGGGGGAGCCUGGGGAAAUGAGGUUUACCUCAUCUCAGAUGUUGUCAGGGCAAACAAAGCAGAAAAAUGUCAGGAGGAAAAUGGGGUGUCCUACCGAGGAACAGUUUCUGUGACCAGAUCAGGAAAGACGUGCCAGCACUGGACCAGCCAGACGCCACAGAAGCACGACAGCACACCUGACAAACACCCGUUAUCUGGUCUGGAUGGGAACUACUGCCGGAAUCCCGUGGGAGCCCGCCAAGGUGUCUGGUGCUACACCACGGACCCCAGCACGCCAUGGGAGGAGUGUGCCGUGCCAGUCUGCGCUGGUCCGGAGUACAUCAGCCUGGGUUGUUGGAAAGACACCGGCAAUCGCGCCAUCGCCGAACUGGAGAAAACAGACGAACGGCUGGACGGGACUUACACCGCCCGCGAGAACGCCAUCGAGAAGUGCUACCAGGUUGCCAAGUCUCGCGGGUUCUUCAUCUUUGCUGUCCAAAAUGGCGGCUGGUGCGCCGGUGCCGGGACUGGUAGUGCUCUCGUCAACUACCGGAAGUACGGGCCCUCGGCAUCAUGUAAGAAAGAUGGAGAAGGAGGUCCUUGGGCGAACGAAGUCUACCUCAUAACAGGUGCCACCAAAAUAGUGCCUCAAGGAUUUGUUCCCAAGCCGUACUUCAGUAUCGGGUGUUGGAAGGACACCGGAAACCGCGCCAUUCCUACUCUGGAGGGGAAAGACGCACGAUUGGACGGCAGCUAUACCGCACGCGCCAACGCCAUCGAAAAGUGCUACCAGGUGGCCAAGUCACUUGGCUACCGAGCCUUUGCGGUCCAAAAUGGCGGCUGGUGUGCCGGAUCGGCUACAGCCCACAAAACCUACAAGAAGUACGGACCCUAUUCCACCUGCCAGCACGACGGGGAAGGGGGACCCUGGGGAAAUGAGGUUUAUCUCAUCUCAGGUAUGUUCAUCCCCAACAAAGGAGACGGAGAAGUUGCAAAGAUCCAAGGUCCAAAGUACCUCAGGCUGGGUUGUUGGAAAGACAGCAGCAAUCGCGCCAUCACCACACUGGAGAAAACAGACGAACGGCUGGACGGGUCUUACACCACCCGUGCUGACGCCAUCGAGAAGUGCUACCAGGUGGCCAAGUCUCGCGGGUUCUCCGUUUUCGCGGUCCAAAAUGGCGGCGAAUGUUUCGGCUCAGCUACUGCUCUCGGCACCUACAAGAAGUACGGACCUUCGUCAUCAUGUAAGGCCGAUGGAGAAGGAGGAGCCUGGGCGAACGAAGUCUACCUGAUGAAAACAGGAGCUCCCAUUGCUUUGCCAAAGGGAUAUGUUCCCAAGCCAUACAUCAGUAUUGGCUGUUGGAGAGACUCGGGAAGUCGCGCCAUUCCUACUCUGGAGGGGAAAGACAAACUUUUAGACGGCAGCUACACCACACGUGCCGGCGCCAUCGACAAGUGCUACCAGGUGGCCAAGUCACGUGGCUAUCGUAUCUUUGCGGUCCAAAAUGGCGGCUGGUGUGCCGGAUCUGCCGACGCCUACAGAACCUACAAGAAGUACGGACCCUACACAACUUGUGGGAAGGACGGAGAAGGGGGAGCCUGGGGAAAUGAGGUUUACCUCAUCUCAGAUGUUGUCAGGGCAAACAAAGCAGAAAAAUGCCAGGAGGAAAAUGGGGUGUCCUACCGAGGAACAGUUUCUGUGACCAGAUCAGGAAAGACGUGCCAGCACUGGGCCAGCCAGACGCCACAGAAGCACGACAGCACACCUGACAAACAUCCGUUAUCUGGUCUGGAUGGGAACUACUGCCGGAAUCCCGUGGGAGCCCGCCAAGGUGUCUGGUGCUACACCACGGACCCCAGCACGCCAUGGGAGGAGUGUGCCGUGCCAGUCUGCGCUGGUCCGGAGUACAUAAGCCUGGGUUGUUGGAAAGACACCGGCAAUCGAGCCAUCGCCGAACUGGAGAAAACAGACGAACGGCUGGACGGGACUUACACCGCCCGCGAGAACGCCAUCGAGAAGUGCUACCAGGUUGCCAAGUCUCGCGGGUUCUUCAUCUUUGCUGUCCAAAAUGGCGGCUGGUGCGCCGGCGCAGGGACUGGUAGUGCUCUCGUCAACUAUCGGAAGUACGGGCCCUCGGCAUCAUGUAAGAAAGAUGGAGAAGGAGGUCCCUGGGCGAAUGAAGUCUAUCUGAUAACAGGUGCCACCAAAAUAGUGCCUCAAGGAUUUGUUCCCAAGCCUUACUUCAGCAUCGGCUGUUGGAGGGACAAUUCAAACCGCGCCAUUCCUACUCUGGAGGGGAAAGACGCACGUUUGGACGGCAGCUAUGCCGCACGUGCCGACGCCAUCGAAAAGUGCUACCAGGUGGCCAAGUCGCUUGGCUACCGAGCCUUUGCGGUCCAACAUGGCGGCUGGUGUGCCGGAUCGGCUACAGCCCACAAAACCUACAACAAGUACGGCCCCUAUUCAACCUGCCAGCACGACGGGGAAGGCGGACCCUGGGGAAAUGAGGUUUAUCUCAUCUCAGGUAUGUUCAUCCCCAACAAAGGAGGUGGAGAGGUUGCAAAGAUCCAAGGUCCGAAGUACCUCAGGCUGGGUUGUUGGAAAGACAGCAGCAAUCGAGCCAUCACCACACUGGAGAAAACAGACGAACGGCUGGACGGGACUUACACCGCCCGUGCUGACGCCAUCGAGAAGUGCUACCAGGUGGCCAAGUCUCGCGGGUUCCCCGUUUUCGCUGUCCAAAAUGGCGGUGAAUGUUUCGGCUCGGCUACUGCUCUCGGCACCUACAAGAAGUACGGACCUUCGUCAUCAUGUCAGAAAGAUGGAGAAGGAGGAGGCUGGGCGAACGAAGUCUACCUGAUAAAAACAGGAGCACCCAUUGCAUUGCCCAAGGGAUAUGUUCCCAAGCCGUACAUCAGUAUUGGCUGUUGGAGAGACUCGGGAAGUCGCGCCAUUCCUACUCUGGAGGGGAAAGACAAACUUUUAGACGGCAGCUACACCACACGCGCCGGCGCCAUCGACAAGUGCUACCAGGUGGCCAAGUCACGUGGCUAUCGUAUCUUUGCGGUCCAAAAUGGCGGCUGGUGCGCCGGAUCUGCCGACGCCUACAGAACCUACAAGAAGUACGGACCCUACACAACUUGCGGGAAGGACGGAGAAGGGGGAGCCUGGGGAAAUGAGGUUUACCUCAUCUCAGAUGUUGUCAGGGCAAACAAAGCAGAAAAAUGCCAGGAGGAAAAUGGGGUGUCCUACCGAGGAACAGUUUCUGUGACCAGAUCAGGAAAGACGUGCCAGCACUGGGCCAGCCAGACGCCACAGAAGCACGACAGCACACCUGACAAACAUCCGUUAUCUGGUCUGGAUGGGAACUACUGCCGGAAUCCCGGGGGAGCCCGCCAAGGUGUCUGGUGCUACACCACGGAUCCCAGCACGCCAUGGGAGGAGUGUGCCGUGCCAGUCUGCGCUGGUCCGGAGUACAUAAGCCUGGGUUGUUGGAAAGACACCGGCAAUCGAGCCAUCGCCGAACUGGAGAAAACAGACGAACGGCUGGACGGGACUUACACCGCCCGCGAGAACGCCAUCGAGAAGUGCUACCAGGUUGCCAAGUCUCGAGGGUUCUUCAUCUUUGCUGUCCAAAAUGGCGGCUGGUGCGCCGGUGCAGGGACUGGUAGUGCUCUCGUCAACUACCGGAAGUACGGGCCCUCGGCAUCAUGUAAGAAAGAUGGAGAAGGAGGUCCCUGGGCGAAUGAAGUCUAUCUGAUAACAGGUGCCACCAAAAUAGUGCCUCAAGGAUUUGUUCCCAAGCCGUACUUCAGCAUUGGCUGUUGGAAGGACACCGGAAACCGCGCCAUUCCUACUCUGGAGGGGAAAGACGCACGUUUGGACGGCAGCUAUACCGCACGCGCCAACGCCAUCGAAAAGUGCUACCAGGUGGCCAAGUCGCUUGGCUACCGAGCCUUUGCGGUCCAACAUGGCGGCUGGUGUGCCGGAUCGGCUACAGCCCACAAAACCUACAACAAGUACGGCCCCUAUUCCACCUGCCAGCACGACGGGGAAGGGGGACCCUGGGGAAAUGAGGUUUAUCUCAUCUCAGGUAUGUUCAUCCCCAACAAAGGAGGUGGAGAAGUUGCAAAGAUCCAAGGUCCAAAGUACCUCACGCUGGGUUGUUGGAAAGACAGCAGCAAUCGCGCCAUCUCCACAUUGGAGAAAACAGACGAACGGCUGGACGGGUCUUACACCGCCCGUGCUGACGCCAUCGAGAAGUGCUACCAGGUGGCCAAGUCUCGCGGGUUCUCCGUUUUCGCUGUCCAAAAUGGCGGUGAAUGUUUCGGCUCGGCUACUGCUCUCGGCACCUACAAGAAGUACGGGCCUUCGUCAUCAUGUCAGAAAGAUGGAGAAGGAGGAGGCUGGGCGAACGAAGUCUACCUGAUGAAAACAGGAGAACCAAUUGCUUUGCCCAAGGGGUACGUCCCCAAGCCGUACAUCAGUAUUGGCUGUUGGAGAGACUCGGGAAGUCGCGCCAUUCCUACUCUGGAGGGGAAAGACAAACUUUUAGACGGCAGCUACACUACACGUGCCGGCGCCAUCGACAAGUGCUACCAGGUGGCCAAGUCACGUGGUUAUCGUAUCUUUGCGGUCCAAAAUGGCGGCUGGUGUGCCGGAUCUGCCGACGCCUACAGAACCUACAAGAAGUACGGACCCUACACAACUUGUGGGAAGGACGGAGAAGGGGGAGCCUGGGGAAAUGAGGUUUACCUCAUCUCAGAUGUUGUCAGGGCAAACAAAGCAGAAAAAUGCCAGGAGGAAAAUGGGGUGUCCUACCGAGGAACAGUUUCUGUGACCAGAUCAGGAAAGACGUGCCAGCACUGGGCCAGCCAGACGCCACAGAAGCACGACAGCACACCUGACAAACAUCCGUUAUCUGGUCUGGAUGGGAACUACUGCCGGAAUCCCGUGGGAGCCCGCCAAGGUGUCUGGUGCUACACCACGGACCCCAGCACGCCAUGGGAGGAGUGUGCCGUGCCAGUCUGCGCCGGUCCGGAGUACAUAAGCCUGGGUUGUUGGAAAGACACCGGCAAUCGCGCCAUCGCCGAACUGGAGAAAACAGACGAACGGCUGGACGGGACUUACACCGCCCGCGAGAACGCCAUCGAGAAGUGCUACCAGGUGGCCAAGUCUCGCGGGUUCUUCAUCUUCGCGGUCCAAAAUGGCGGUCAGUGUUUCGGCAGCGGCUCUACGAAUGCUCUGGUCAGCUACCGGAGGUACGGGCCCUCGGCAUCAUGUAAGAAAGAUGGAGAGGGGGGAAGCUGGGCGAACGAAGUCUACCUGAUAACAGGUGCCCUCAAAACAUUACCUCCUGGCUUUGUUCCCAAGCCGUACUUCAGCAUUGGCUGUUGGAAGGACACCGGAAACCGCGCCAUUCCUACUCUGGAGGGGAAAGACGCACGUUUGGACGGCAGCUAUACCGCACGCGCCAACGCCAUCGAAAAGUGCUACCAGGUGGCCAAGUCACGUGGUUUCCAAGUUUUUGCUGUCCAACAUGGCGGCUGGUGUGCCGGAUCGGCUAACGCCCUCAGCACCUACAAGAAGUACGGACCCUACACAACUUGCAAGGAAGACGGGGAAGGGGGAGCCUGGGGAAAUGAGGUUUAUCUCAUCUCAGAUCUGCUAGGAGGCUCCGGCUUUUCCUCUGGAGGCUUUAGAGGAGGACCAGCUACCUGGUUGCGGCGGGACCCGUCCUGGGUUGUCAGUUCUGCCGGCACACCAUGGAAGAACGGAGGAGUGACGUACGAUGCGGCCAAGGCCUUGGAUGGGAGCACUGGGACCUACUGGAACCCCCAGGAAACCUCACAAAACUACAACAACUGGUACAUCGUGCUGGAUCUCAAGGCGCCCUACACUCUCUCACAAAUCGCCAUAAACAACUUCGGAGACACCACGCACGACGUCAAAGCCUUCAAGCUGCAAAAGUCACAGAGCGGAGCACCGAACAGCUGGGAGGACGUCACAUCCGUCAGUACCGUCCAGGGAGGCACGAACAGGCGGCAGGAGUUCGGCGGGUUCCAGGGAACAGCGCGGUACUGGAGGUUCGUCGUUACUCAGACCCACUCGGGAUAUCAGCCGUAUCUGGUGGAAGUGGACUUCUCCGGAAGGCCGGAAGGUUCUGUAGGAGGAGAAGGAGGAUCCCCGUGGGGAGGAUUUGGGGGAGGAAGAGAUGGCUGGUGGCUGCGGCGCGACCCGUCCUGGGUUGUCAGCUCUGCCGGCACACCAUGGAAGAACGGAGGAGUGACGUACGAUGCGGCCAAGGCCUUGGAUGGAAAAGCUGGGACUUACUGGAACCCACAAGAAACUGAGCGCAACUCCAACAACUGGUACAUUGUGCUGGACUUCAAGAAGCCCUACACUCUGUCCGGAAUCUCCAUGAACAACUUCGGAGACACCACGCACGAUGUGCAAGCCUUCAAGCUGCAAAAGUCCCAGAGCGGGAAGCCCUACAAGUGGGAGGACGUCACAUCCGUCAGUAACGUCCAAGCUGGGGUUCGCAGGCGGCAGGAGUUCGGCGGGUUCCAGGGAACAGCGCGGUACUGGAGGUUCGUCGUUACUCAGACCCACUCGGGAUAUCAGCCGUAUCUGGUGGGAGUGGACUUCUACGGGAGCCGAGCAGGUGGAGAGGUUGGAAAGGUCCAAGGUCCGAAGUACAUCAGCCUGGGUUGUUGGAAAGACACCGGCAAUCGCGCCAUCGCCACGCUAGAGGGCGCAGACGCACGGCUGGACGGGUCUUACACCGCCCGUGCUGACGCCAUCGAGAAGUGCUACCAGGUGGCCAAGUCCCGCGGAUACUCCGUGUUUGCUGUCCAAAAUGGCGGCUGGUGUGCCGGCUCAGCUAAUGCCCUCAGCACCUACCGGAAGUACGGGCGCUCGGCGGCAUGUGGGAAAGAUGGAGAAGGAGGAGGCUGGGCGAACGAAGUCUACCUGAUUACAGGGGCUCCCAUAACUUUGCCUGCGGGAUACGUUCCCAAGCCGUACUUCAGUAUCGGGUGUUGGAAGGACACCGGAAACCGCGCCAUUCCUACUCUGGAGGGGAAAGACGCACGUUUAGACGGCAGCUAUACCGCACGCGCCAACGCCAUCGAAAAGUGCUACCAGGUGGCCAAGUCGCUCGGCUACCGAGCCUUCGCGGUCCAAAAUGGUGGCUGGUGUGCCGGAUCGGCUAACGCCCUCAGCACCUACAAGAAGUACGGACCCUACACAACUUGCAAGGAAGACGGGGAAGGAGGAGCUUGGGGAAAUGAGGUUUAUCUCAUCUCAGGUCUGCUAGGAGGCUCCGGCUUUUCCUCUGGAGGAUUUUCCAGUGGAGGCUUUUCCUCUGGAGGAUUUUCCAGUGGAGGCGUUGGAGGAGGACCAGCUGGCUGGUUGCGGCGGGACCCGUCCUGGGUUGUCAGCUCUGCCGGCACACCAUGGAAGAACGGAGGAGUGACGUACGAUGCGGCCAAGGCCUUGGAUGGGAGCACUGGGACCUACUGGAACCCCGGGGAAACCUCACGAAACUACAACAACUGGUACAUCGUGCUGGAUCUCAAGGCGCCCUACACUCUCUCACAAAUCGCCAUAAACAACUUCGGAGACACCACGCACGACGUCAAAGCCUUCAAGCUGCAAAAGUCACAGAGCGGAGCGCAGAACAGCUGGGAGGACGUCAAAUCCGUCGGUACCGUCCAGGGAGGCACGAACAGGCGGCAGGAGUUCGGCGGGUUCCAGGGAACAGCGCGGUACUGGAGGUUCGUCGUUACUCAGACCCACUCGGGUUGGCAGCCGUAUCUGGUGGAAGUGGACUUCUACGGGAGCCGAGCAGGUGGAGAGGGUGGAAAGGUCCAAGGUCCGAAGUACAUCAGCCUGGGAUGCUGGAAAGACACCGGCAAUCGAGCCAUCGCCACGCUAGAGGGCGCAGACGCACGGCUGGACGGGUCUUACACCGCCCGUGCUGACGCCAUCGAGAAGUGCUACCAGGUGGCCAAGUCCCGCGGAUACUCCGUGUUUGCUGUCCAAAAUGGCGGCUGGUGUGCCGGCUCAGCUAAUGCCCUCAGCACCUACCGGAAGUACGGGCGCUCGGCGGCAUGUGGGAAAGAUGGAGAAGGAGGAGGCUGGGCGAACGAAGUCUACCUGAUUACAGGAGCUCCCAUAACUUUGCCUGCGGGAUACGUUCCCAAGCCGUACUUCAGUAUCGGGUGUUGGAAGGACACCGGAAACCGCGCCAUUCCUACUCUGGAGGGGAAAGACGCACGUUUGGACGGCAGCUAUACCGCACGCGCCGACGCCAUCGAAAAGUGCUACCAGGUGGCCAAGUCGCUCGGCUACCGAGCCUUUGCGGUCCAAAAUGGCGGCUGGUGUGCCGGAUCGGCUAACGCCCUCAGCACCUACAAGAAGUACGGACCCUACACAACUUGCAAGGGAGACGGAGAAGGAGGAGCCUGGGGAAAUGAGGUCUAUCUCAUCUCAGGUCUGCUAGGAGGCUCCGGCUUUUCCUCUGGAGGAUUUUCCAGUGGAGGCUUUUCCUCUGGAGGCUUUUCCAGUGGAGGCGUUGGAGGAGGACCAGCCACCUGGCUGCGGCGGGACCCGUCCUGGGUUGUCAGCUCUGCCGGCACACCAUUGAAGAACGGAGGAGUGACGUACGAUGCGGCCAAGGUCUUGGAUGGGAGCACUGGGACCUACUGGAACCCCCAGGAGACCUCACGAAACUACAACAACUGGUACAUCGUGCUGGAUCUCAAGGCGCCAUACACUCUCUCACAAAUCGCCAUAAACAACUUCGGAGACACCACGCACGACGUCAAAGCCUUCAAGCUGCAAAAGUCACAGAGCGGAGCGCAGAACAGCUGGGAGGACGUCACAUCCGUCGGUACCGUCCAGGGAGGCACGAACAGGCGGCAGGAGUUCGGCGGGUUCCAGGGAACAGCGCGGUACUGGAGGUUCGUCGUUACUCAGACCCACUCGGGUUGGCAGCCGUAUCUGGUGGAAGUGGACUUCUACGGGAGCCGAGCAGGUGGAGAGGUUGGAAAGGUACAAGGUCCGAAGUACAUCAGCCUGGGUUGCUGGAAAGACACCGGCAAUCGAGCCAUCGCCACGCUAGAGGGCGCAGACGCACGGCUGGACGGGUCUUACACCGCCCGUGCUGACGCCAUCGAGAAGUGCUAUCAGGUGGCCAAGUCCCGCGGAUACUCCGUGUUUGCUGUCCAAAAUGGCGGCUGGUGUGCCGGCUCAGCUAAUGCCCUCAGCACCUACCGGAAGUACGGGCGCUCGGCGGCAUGUGGGAAAGAUGGAGAAGGAGGAGGCUGGGCGAACGAAGUCUACCUGAUUACAGGAGCUCCCAUAACUUUGCCUAAGGGCUACGUUCCCAAGCCGUACUUCAGCAUUGGCUGUUGGAAGGACACCGGAAACCGCGCCAUUCCUACUCUGGAGGGGAAAGACGCACGUUUGGACGGCAGCUAUACCGCACGCGCCAACGCCAUCGAAAAGUGCUACCAGGUGGCCAAGUCGCUCGGCUACCGAGCCUUUGCGGUUCAAAAUGGCGGCUGGUGUGCCGGAUCGGCUAACGCCCUCAGCACCUACAAGAAGUACGGACCCUACACAACUUGCAAGGGAGACGGAGAAGGAGGAGCCUGGGGAAAUGAGGUUUAUCUCAUCUCAGGUCUGCUAGGAGGCUCCGGCUAUUCCUCUGGAGGCUUUUCCAGUGGAGGCGUUGGAGGAGGACCAGGAGGAGGCUUUUCCGGAGGAGGCAUUGGAGGAGGAUCAGCUAUAGGCACCACUAACAUCGCCCUGAACCGCCCUGCUGCCCAGUCCAGCGAUGUCUAUGGAGGUACUGCCGGGCGUGCCGUAGAUGGGAACGACAAUCCUCAAUGGGCAGGGGGGUCCUGUACCCACACGGCAAACGGACCCAACCCGUGGUGGCGGGUGGACCUGGGCAGCAGCCAGGCUGUGGGGCGGGUGGUCGUCACCAACAGGAAGGACUGCUGCUCGGACCGGCUGGAAGGCUUCACGGUUUACGUGGGCGACAGUCCCGAGGUGCUGUCCAACCCAACCUGCGGGGGGCCGCAGUCCGUGGCCGGCAGGGGCACCAUCACCGUGAGCUGCGGCGGCCUGAGGGGCCGGUAUGUGGGCAUUGCGCUGAAGGGCGCUCAGAGAACCCUGACGCUCUGUGAGGUCAAGGUCUUCGGAGGUGGAGAGGUUGGAAAGGUCCAAGGUCCGAAGUACAUCAGCCUGGGUUGUUGGAAAGACACCGGCAAUCGAGCCAUCGCCACGCUAGAGGGCGCAGACGCACGGCUUGACGGGUCUUACACCGCCCGUGCUGACGCCAUCGAGAAGUGCUAUCAGGUGGCCAAGUCCCGCGGAUACUCCGUGUUCGCUGUCCAAAAUGGCGGCUGGUGUGCCGGCUCCGCUAAUGCCCUCAGCACCUACCGGAAGUACGGGCGCUCGUCGGCAUGUGGGAAAGAUGGAGAAGGAGGAGGCUGGGCGAACGAAGUCUACCUGAUUACAGGAGCUCCCAUAACUUUGCCUGCGGGAUACGUUCCCAAGCCGUACUUCAGUAUCGGCUGUUGGAAGGACACCGGAAACCGCGCCAUUCCUACUCUGGAGGGGAAAGACGCACGUUUGGACGGCAGCUAUACCGCACGCGCCAACGCCAUCGAAAAGUGCUACCAGGUGGCCAAGUCGCUCGGCUACCGAGCCUUCGCGGUCCAAAAUGGCGGCUGGUGUGCCGGAUCGGCUAACGCCCUCAGCACCUACAAGAAGUACGGACCCUACACAACUUGCAAGGGAGACGGAGAAGGAGGAGCCUGGGGAAAUGAGGUUUAUCUCAUCUCAGGUCUGCUAGGAGGCUCCGGCUUUUCCUCUGGAGGAUUUUCCAGUGGAGGCGUUGUGAGGAGGACCAGGAGGAGGCUUUUCCGGAGGAGGCAUUGGAGGAGGAUCAGGAGGACAACAGUGGAGCAAGGAAGGUACCACGUGGGCACCUGUGGGAGGCGCCCUGAGGUUCGUCUCCAUCGGACCGUCCGGAGUUUGGGGCGUCACGGCAGCAGGGCAGAUCAAGUACCGAACCGGGAGCUCCGGGAACGCGGUCGGGACGGGGUCGGGCUGGGAAGCUGUGGAGGGAGCCCUGAUGCAGAUCAGCGUGGGAGAUGGAAUCGUCUGGGGGGUCAACUCAGGGCACAACAUCUGGAUAAGGACAGGAAUCAGCUCCUCGAACCCGAAGGGGACGGGCUGGCAGCAGAUUGCGGGCGGCCUGAAGGUGGUCAGCUGUGGCGCCAGGAGUAACCAAGUUUGGGGAGUCAACAGACUCAACCAGGUUUGGAGACGGGAAGGGAUCACACCGGGCAAUCUUAAAGGAACUAUCUGGAAGCAAGUGGACGGUGCUCUGAAGUACGUGUCGGUGGGCCAGGCGGGAGUCUGGGGAGUCAAGCCCGACAACUCCGUGGUGUACCGCAUCGGGACGUACGGGACCCCCGGCUCGACAGGGCAGGGC